AAAACAAAAACAACAAUCCAAAUAGCCUUAGAACCCAAAUCUUUUCAAUGGAGAGCCAAAUGAAGAAGCAAUGGCAUCAAUUUGUUUGUGCUUUAGCAUUUUUCUUGAUUGCAUCUUGCACAAUGGCAUAUACAACUGAUACUUAUAAAUCACCAGUUCCAACAUAUAAUAAAGUACCAAGCCCAGCACCAGUUUCAAAAGACAAUUACGAAAUGCCACAAGUGUCCAAGAACGAUUACAAGGUACCCUCAGUGCCUAAACAGGAAUACAAGGCACCAUCUUUGUCGAAGGAUAACUACUACGCGAAGCCAUCAGUUCCAAAAGAUAACUACAAGAAGGUGUCAUAUGUUCCAAAAGAUAACUUUUACAAGGCACCCACAGUGCCUAAGCCAGAAUAUAAGGUGUCAUCUUUGCCAAAGAAUGACUACUUCACGAAACCAUAUGUUCCAGAAUAUAACUACAAGAAGGUGUCAUCUGUUCCAAAAGAUAUUUACUACAAGGCACCCACAGUGUCAAAGCCGGAAUACAAGGCACCAUCUUUGCCAAAGAAUGACUACUACAAGAAACCGUCAGUUCCAAAAGAUAACUAUUACAAGGCACCCUCAACACCUAAACAGGAAUACAAAGUGCCAUCUGUACCAAAGAAUGAUUACUACAAUAAGCCAUCAGUUCCAAAGAAUAACUACAAGGUGUCAUCUGUUCCAAAGGGUAACUACUAUAAGGUACCUUCAGUGCCUAAAUCGGAAUAUCAGAUGCCAUAUGUACCAAAGAAUGACUACUACAAAAAACCAUCAGUCCCAAAGAAUGACUAUUAUAAAAAGCCAUCAGUUCCAAAAACUAACUAUUACAAGGUACCCUCAAUGCCUAAACAAGAAUACAAAGUGCCAACUUUUCCAAAGAAUGACUACUACAAGAAACCUUCAGCUUCUCCUCCACCGCCAUACUACUAUAAUUCACCCUCUCCUCCUUCACCAUCACCACUACCUCCUUCUCCAUCACCACCUCCUCCAUCUUAUAAAAACAACAAUCCAAUCAGCCUUAGAACCCAAAUCUUCUCAAUGGGGAGCCAAAUGAAGAAGCAAUGGCAUCACUUUGUUUGUGCUUUGGCAUUUUUCUUGAUUGUCACUUGCACUAUGGCAUAUUCAGCCGAUUCUUAUAAAUCACAAGUUCCAUCAUAUAAUCAAGUACCAAGCCAAGUACCAAUGUCAAAAGACAAUUACGAAGCGCCACAAGUGUCCAAGAACGAUUACAAGGUACCCUCAGUGCUUAAACAAGAAUACAAGGCACCAUCUUUAUCAAAGUAUAACUACUACACGAAGCCAUCAGUUCCAAAAGGUAACUACAAAAAUAUGCCAUCUGUUCCAAAAGAUAAUUAUUACAAGGCACCCACAGUGCCUAAGCCGGGAUACAAAGCACUAUCUUUGCCAAAGAAUGACUACUAUAAGAAGCCAUCUGUUUCAGAAUAUAACUACAAGAAGAUGCCGUCUUUUCCAAAAUAUAAUUACUACAAGGUACCUUCAGUACCUAAACAGAAAUACAAGGUGCCAUCUUUGCCAAAGAAUGACUACUACAAGAAAUCAUUGGUUCCAAAAGAUAACUAUUACAAGGCACCCUCAACGCCUGAGCAGGAAUACAAGAUGCCAUCUGCACCAAAGAAUGACUACUAUAAAAAGCCAUCAGUUCCAAAGAAUAACUACAAGGUGCCAUCUGUUCCAAAGGAUAACUACUAUAAGGUAUCCGCAUUGCCUAAACCGGAAUACCAGGUGCCAUCUGUACCAAAGAAUGACUACUAUAAAAAGCCAUCAGUUCCAAAGAAUAACUACAAGGUGCCAUCUGUUCCAAAGGAUAACUACUAUAAGGUAUCCGCAUUGCCUAAACCGGAAUACCAGGUGCCAUCUGUACCAAAGAAUGACUACUACAAGAAACCAUCUGUUCCAAGAAAUGACUAUUACAAAGUACCCUCAAUGCCUAAACAAGAAUAUAAAGUGCCAUCUUUACCAAAGACUAACUACUACAAGAAACCAUCUGUUCCAAGAAAUGACUAUUACAAAGUACCCUCAAUGCCUAAACAAGAAUAUAAAGUGCCAUCUUUACCAAAGACUAACUACUACAAGAAACCUUCAACUUCUCCUCCACCGCCAUACUAUUAUAAUUCGCCCCCUCCUCCUUCACCAUCACCACCACCUCCUUACUCUUACCAAUCAUCUUCAACUCCUUCUCCAUCACCACCUCCUCCAUAUUAUUAAAUUCCCAUUUUUCAUGUUCAAAAUGUAUCGAGAAGGCCAUUUUCCAAGACAACAUAAUCUUAAGGGUCUUGAGUUGAAGGCAUGAUAUCAAAAAUUUUAAUUCUUAAUUUGUUGUUUCUUUCUUUUCCUUAUUCAGUUGGCAAGUUUUUUGUCAUUUAAAUUGUAUUUUGAAUGU